AUGUGUAGUGUCAAAUUGAAACAAAACCCCUCCUCAAAGAAAUCUAGGGUUUCAGGAUUCAAAAACAAUACUGAUGAUGGGAAGGUGAUUAACGAUGUUGUACCUCUCAAAAUGAUUAUUCCAGAAGAUAGCUCUAUAAUCAAAGCUAAGGCAACUACCUCAAAGAAAAAGAAGGUCUCCAAUCCUAUAAGCCUUUCUAAAAACAAAUCAUCUGAUAGAAUUAUAGGAAAAGACAACAAGGAUAUAACUAAAACUACUCAGGCUGUGGAAUCUAAUUGCAUAUUUAGCAUGCAAGCUGAUAUACAUGUUGGAAAAAAUGUUGAACCCAUAAUAACACCUCAAGGAAAAGUUGAUGAAGAUCAAGGAAGGAAAAGGAAAGAAAACAAUCAGAAUGUAGUUGGUGACGACAUUCCAAUUUCUCAAAUAAUCAAGAGGAUUCGUGAUGAUACCAAUAAAAAAAUAAAGGAUGAUGAAGAAGAAAUAGAAUCAGAUGAAGGUCCUAUGAUCGCAAUGACUAUUUCCUCAAAGAUCAGAGAGAAGAAGAAAGAUAAGGUUAUUACAAGAGAAACUUCUAUGAAUGAAUCUAAAAAGAAUGCCAAGAUAUUUAAAGCAAAGAAUAGUACGACAAAAAAUACUCCUAAGAAGACUCUCAAGAGGAAACUAGUUGUCUUUAGUGAAUCUGAGUAUGAUGAUGAAGCAUAUAUUCUAGAUAUCGUUCCCUCCACUAAGAAAAAUAUAGGUGGAAAGAAAAUUUAUGCUAACAUUCCUGACGCUCCUCUUGACAACAUGUCCUUUUAUACUGAAAGGAAUGCCAAAAAAUGGAAAUUGGUUUGUCAAAGAAGGAUUACUGUUGAAAGGGAGCUGAGUAAGGAUACAAUAGAGGGUGAAAUUCUUAAACUCCUCAGGGAAUAUAGUUUAAUAAAGACCGUGUAUAACAUUAGAUCAUGCUAUGAGAAGCUGAUUAUGGAGUUCAUUGUUAAUAUUUCUCCUGAGUGCAAUAAGGAAGGGACUGAAGAUUUCAGAAAAGUGUAUGUUCGUAUACAUCGUGUAAAGUUCUCCCUAGAAGUCAUCAAUGAAUCUCUAGGAAGAAGUGAGUUGACUGGAACCGAUGAAGUCCCCUAA